AUGUUCGCCCUUCUUUUGUUCGUCGCCCUCGUACGAGGCCUCUGUUACACACCCGACGGAACGAUCACAAACGAUGUCGCAUGCGAUCCCACAAGCGAGCACAGCAUGUGUUGCACAGCAGGCUUCUGUGUCUGUCAAAUGGAUUGUGUACGCCAAAGGUGUCCUUUGAUCAAGGAUCAAAUCGCUACAUCCGCGCUACAUGCACAGACAAGAACUGGAGGGCGGCGGAAUGCCCAGGCUACUGUGUCACGGCUGACGGCAGGCAAUCCCUCGGGUGGCGAGUGGGUGAUGGAGUGCGACGAAAAGACACAGUGGUCUCCUACUGGCCAAUGGUGCUGUCAAUAUGAAGAUUGCUGCACCGACAAAGAUGCCACGAGGCAGGACAUUGGCGAUGCGCUGGUCACGGCGACAGCCGGAAAGCGACAAGUCACAUCCACGAAGAACUCGGAGCCCUCUAGCAGCACAGCCGGCGAUAAGUCCGAAUAG